GAGGUCGGUCAGCUGACCUCGGGUGUGGUCAUGUGACUUCUCGUUAAAAUAUCAUGCAAAGCUCAGCUAAACCCAGUGGAGCACACUGACGCUUGGACAAUGAGAGGAGACUACACGCUGUUGUUUCUUCUGGCGAUAAUCGUCAAUACAGGGCUCUCCAGUCCCCUGACGGGUAAAGAAGCCUGGAACUAUGUGACGGUGAGGGACGGGGACCACAUGUUCUGGUGGCUGUACUAUGCUGACAGCCAGACUGCAGAGUACAAGGACCUGCCUCUGGUCAUGUGGCUACAGGGUGGACCAGGAGGAUCAGGAAGUGGCUUUGGGAACUUUGAAGAGAUUGGACCUUUGAACAGGGACCUGGAGCCCAGAGACACCAGCUGGGUGCAGGCAGCCAGUAUAUUGUUUGUAGACAACCCUGUGGGCACUGGCUUCAGCUACACUGACAGGCCAGACGGCUAUGCUACCAAUGUGUCCAUGGUUGCCUCAGACAUGCUGGUGCUGCUCCAACACUUCUUUACAGAAAGGGCAGAGUUCCAGAGCAUCCCCUUCUACAUCUUUUCUGAGUCUUACGGAGGGAAGAUGGCAGCUGCUAUCUCAUUGGAACUCACCAGGGGGACAGUGAAAUGUAACUUUGCUGGUGUGGCACUUGGAGACUCUUGGAUUUCCCCAGUGGACUCUGUCAUGACCUGGGGACCGUACCUCUACACUACUUCGCUGCUGGAUGAUUACGGCCUGACAGAUGUCAACAGUGCAGCGGAGGCGGUGAAGAAAGCUGUGGAGCAGCAGCAGUUUGAGAAAGCCACAGAGCUGUGGGCUGUGGCUGAGACGGUGGUGGAGCAGAACACCAACGGAGUGAACUUUUACAACAUCCUGACCCAGGAGCCGGAUGAGAAACGCAGAUCUGCAGCAGGAGAAGACUUCAUCUCUCUGCAGACACGUCGCCAUGUUCAACCCCUACACAGCCUGUCACUGAGCGAGCUGAUGAAUGGACCAAUCAGGAAGAAACUUGGCAUCAUCCCCCAGAAUGUUACCUGGGGAGGCCAGGCAGAGGGUGUGUUCAGCAACAUGGUAGGAGACUUUAUGAGGCCUGUGGUGGAUGUAGUGGACCAGCUGCUGACGGCUGGAGUCAACGUCACCAUCUACAAUGGACAGUUGGAUCUCAUAGUGGACACCAUGGGUCAGGAGCUGUGGGUGAAGAGGCUGAAGUGGGAGGGGCUGCCUGGGUUUAACAAGCUGAGGUGGACCCCACUGGAUAACCCCUCCUACCCGGGCAUUACUGGAGCUUUUUACAAGACUUAUAAGAACUUUGCAUUCUACUGGAUCCUCAAAGCUGGUCACAUGAUUCCUUCAGACCAGGGACCUAUGGCCUUGCAGAUGAUGAAGAUGAUCACCCAGCAGGAUUGAUCUAGCCACUUUGAUGCCAGCUGGAUAGCUCUGACAAUCACAACUAUCGCUUGACCUUUUUAUAUUCCACUCUGUGCUUAACUAAAUCCAGAAUCUGUGUGUCUUCAGCCAUAACAACAAUAAAGACACUCCUUUUUUGUAAACA